AUGGGGACCAAGAUUUCAAAGUUCCUGAAUCGAGGACAAGCGUCGGAUGACGAAUGCAACGAUUCACAGAAAUCUCGUCGCUUCCACGAGCGCUUUGUUGCUGGUAAAUCGUCGGUUCGAUUGGCACUGCUGGCGACGCUGGACCAGGUCACUCGAACCGUCCAAAGAAGGGAUCUUUCCGAGGCGUCCAUGGUUCAGAUUUCAGCUCUUUUGACCUCGAUCGACCAGAUCGCACGUGAAGAUAUGAACAACAAGAAUGAUCAACACAAACGAGGAUUCCGACGACUGUCGAGCUCGCAGUGGCGCAAGAAUGGCAAUGCUCCGAUUGUGCCUACGGCGCUGAACUCAUUCAAGGCUUUCGACGCCGCGCAAGACUUGGGAGAAACUCUGGCAGCAUUCAGCAAUCUACUCAACGACUGCGGUCUCAACGGUGUCAAAGUGGACGAGCCGUGGCAUGUGUUUUUCCACAUCAAGGCGGCAGUGUACAGCAAGUUGAGCUUCCGUCACAAGCAGCUCUUUAAGCUGCUAGAUGCACGCUUUAACCUGGACGUGUACACAAGGAAACAUGCUGCCAGGAAGCGUGUCUGCAUCGUUGGGGCUGGGCCGGUUGGUCUCCGUGCUGCAGUCGAAACGGCAUUACUUGGAGGUCAGGUGAUUGUACUAGAAAAGCGGGAACACUUCAGUCGAGAGAACAUGCUUCACCUGUGGCCGUGGGUGAUUCAGGACUUGGUAUCUCUCGGAGCGAAGGUCUUCUUCCCGCAGUUUGGCAAGUCGAACUCGCACUUCUAUGUCAGUAUGCGGCAGCUGCAGGUUAUCUUGCUCAAGGUCGCACUGCUUCUUGGUGUGACGAUCUAUCCAGCCACAGAUUUCGAGUCUAUUGUGCCUCCGGGUCUGGAGGAGAGUGGCGGUGAACCUUUCUACUCAGUGGUAACUCAGCCGCAGAUCCCGACAAUGGAGUUCACAGCGGUGCUGGGUGCUGCUGGAACGAACGAUAAGCUAGCCAAACCUGCUGGUAUCAAUCGGUUCGUGUACAGUGAUAAGGAAGCUCUGGGGAUCGUCUGUUACUUCCCGAAUCUUGGGACUUCUGACGAGGUGAAAGCCAAGGAGUUCUCAUGGACUACCCAGCAAAAGCACCCGAUGCUUGACAAAUUGCGUGACAUUGGAUUAGAUCUGGAGAACAUCGUGUACUACCGUGGAGAAAUGCACUAUCUGGUGAUGACACCGAAACGUCAGAACUUAAGAGAGCUUCAUGUGGUAAACGAAGAUCGCCCAAGCUCGACAGAUCUGGUCAUGGACGACAACAUCAACAACAGCGCAUUGUAUGAGUUUGUCAAGGGAAUUGUCGACUUCGCUGGUAUCCCGAGGAAAACAGACUUCACACGUGUCAGUCUCUUUGAUUUCAGCUCUCUCACCCGUGCAGACAAGGCUGCGAGUAUCCUCUCGUCGCAUGGUAAGAAGCUUUACGUCGGUCUUAUUGGAGACUCGUUGCACGAGCCCGUAUGGCACGAUGGUGUGGGAACUUGCAGUGGCUUCUUGAGUGCAUUGGACAGCGUGUGGAUGGUGGCACAGAUCGGCCGAGAUCCCGAUGAACAGCUUCUGGUCGACCGUGAAGCCGCAUACCAAGUGACGAUGCGAGUGUCGAACAAUCACCGUGAAGACUUGCAGAAGAAUAUACGCAAGUACACAGCUGAUCCAAGAUCGCGCUACACCGUCUAG